UUUUCAUUGUGCAACAAUGAACAACUUUUGUGUUUAUAUAUAAAUAUAUAAAUAUAUAAAUAAAAGAGGGUUUACUAAAUAGCUUUCAGCUUGUAUAGCAAAGAUGGCGAAACUUUGCGAUUUGUGAUUUUGUGUAUUUGUAUUUUUUGCAGAUCACGUACAGGCGUGUUGUACAAUUUAGUAUUUUUAAUUUCUUUUGAGGGUCACGAAAAGCCAAUUUUGAUCAUAAGAUUUGCUACAUGUAUCAACACAUUUCUCCUCGAUCGUAAUAAAUCUAAAUCAUAGGCCUUGGCUACAUCAUAGCCUUAGAGUCAUUAUCAUUGGAACUCCAGUAUGGCUGACAUUGUCUACAAGGAAUUACUAGGAUUUGUUGCCCAGUUGAAGUCAAAAUAUUUUGAGAACAAAGAUCCAAUUGAUGACAAUGAAAUUGCGUUACAAAAAUUGUGUGUAAAACUGGAAACUGCAUUGAGGAAUGGCAUGAAAGAUAAGUAUUCAUUUCUUGGAAUGAGAAAGGAUUACUGGAACUUUUUUUCUGAAUGUCUACCAAAAGAUGAGGGUGUGAGAUAUGUCAAUUCUUUAUCACAGUUACACACAGUUCAGGGAAAAGGAAGGGCAUUGAUCCGUUAUUGUCUGGUGCAAAAGACUUUGGCUGAUACCAUUCAAAGAACACUAAUGCACAGGAAGAAGAUGGAAUGGUACACACAAGAUGCAUUGCUACUAAAUAGCUCUCUUAGUGCUGAAUUGGUUGGAAAACUGUAUGACUUGAAUGAGUUAGAGUUUCAUCUAUCUUGUACAGGGUGUAACUUGGAUAUUUCAUGGCCUUCGUAUGGCAGAAACUUCGUUGAUGGAUUCGAAAAAAGAUCGAGGAGAAACAGUGCUGAAAGUAUCGCAAGUACAACAGAUUUUACGAACGAAAGAAUUGAUCCCUUGAUCGCUUUGAAUGCAGAAAUAUCAGCUUUAAAACAUAUGAUCAGUAGAGAACUGGAAAUUGAACAAUGCAGCACCGAUGAUGGGUUUGGAGAGUGCAGCAUGUCUUCAACAGAUGAUGCCCAACCUAGCAUCAAUGAGAUUACCUUAGACGUAUCUCGUCUUCAUCAGUUUGUUUUAAAGUGGAAGUCUUUGAUGAAUGCCAAACAUUACAAAGCUGAGCAUGAAAUACAGAGGCUUAUGGAGGAAAACAACCGUCUUUCACAAGAAUCGAACACACAACUUUCACAGCUGGCUGAGAAACAUCAAAACCUUUCUAAUUUGGCUUCAAAAGAAGCAACGUUACAAAUUACUGAUUUGCAAAACAAACUACGAAGUACAGAGGACGCGAUUUCGGACAAACAAACAAAGCUAAACAGUUUGAGGGAAGAACUAAAUCAAGUCUUAAAGCAAUAUAAAGAUUCCCAGCAGUCUGUGCUAGCUCUUGAACAAGAUUUAAGUGAUUCAAAGAAAAGUACAAAACUGUUAGAAGAUGAGAUUUGUGCUCUGAAGAGAGGAAUUGAGGUACAUUUGACUGAUAAACGAACGUUUCAGGAGGAAGUUAACGACCUUAAAUCAGAGGUCGAGCUUGGUAAAGAAACCCAAUCCUUAUUACAUCGUAAACUUGAGGAAAGUGAAUCAAUGUUGAAUAUAAAAACGUUAGAGAAAGACAAAAUACAAGAAGCAUUUGAAAAUGUAAAUGGCUUGGUUUUCGGUUCGUUUGAAGACUUUGAAUCUUAUUACAAAUCGCAAUUACUUGAUAAGGAAAAAGGCUUGGAAGAUAAGGACAACGAGAACAAAACGUUGCAAGAACGCCUAUUUCAGUUGACCAUUGAAAACGAAAAACUGAAAAGAGAGCUACAGGAAUUUAUAAGUAGAAAAUCGCAAAAUGAACUAAUAGAAGACAAAGAACAGCAUCUAGAAAUUGAGAUAAGUGAAGCUAAACUGGAGGUGAAACUGUUGCUUGAAACAAUUGGAUCAGCAAACAUGAAUUUAUCGAAGCUGUUGCACAAUAACACUGACGAAAUAAUGCACAAUACCGAGCAAGAAAUGCACGAUAUGAAAUCUCUUGAGGACAAUUGCAAAUGUUUGGUCAAUAAUUUAAACGAGCUUGAUAACCACAUAAUUACUGCCAGAGAAGCUUUGGCAAAAGCUGUGGAAGAAAAGGAGAAACUAGAUACUCGAUGUGAAUCCCUGUCAGUGGAAAAUGAAAGGAUUAUUCAACUCAACGAGGACAUGAAAAAGGAGAGGGCCACGUCAUUGCUUGAUGGACAAGUUCAGCAGAAAGAUAAGGCGGAACUGCAGGAUCAAGUUCUUAUAUUAACACAGGAAAAAACUAAGCUGUUAGAUACAAUACAUUGUUUGGAAAACGAAAAGUCAGAGAUUGACUCAGAGAUACAAAACGUCAACGAGAAACUGCAAGAAGAAUGCUAUUUAAAACUUGUUCUUGAGAACGAGGUCUCCGAUAUUAACGAACAACUGAACAAGGAAAAAACUGAACAGGCUGUUUCCUUGAAAGAAAUUGAUAGGCUCAAAGUGGAAAAUGAGAAAUUUGGAGCCAAAUGCAAGGAACUGAAUGAUGAUUUAGUGAAGAAGAAAGAGGAAAGGUUAGAGUUAACAACUUCCAGUUUAUAUGAAAAGAAAAAUGAACUAGCAACAAUGGAAGAACUGUUGGGAGAGUCGGCGAAGCUAAAGGAAGAGAUGGAUACCAAAAUAGCGAGCUAUAAAGAACAAAUUGUUAACUUGCAGUGUACAAUGGAACAACAAAUUUCAUCGUUAAAGUUUCAGUUAAGUUCGGAAGCUCUUAAGUACGAUGAGGAAAUUAAGACAUUGUCAGAGGAAAAGCAAGAAGCAGUGGCCUUGAGGGAAACAAUUCAGGAACAUGAAGAGACUAUAACUGAUCUUGAAAAUAAGUUGAAAGAACGAAACGAAUCAUGGCAAACUGAGAAAAAGAAACUAACAAGUGAUAUCAAACUACUUAAGAAUGAGAUAAAAGUUUUAAACGGUCACAUUGAUGCUGACAAGCAAGAAAUUCGGUCAAUUGAAAAUACAUUAAUGUUAUCAAAGAAGAAAUUUGAGAAGGAGAAGAGCAGAAAACUGGAAUAUAAAAACACGAUUAAGGAAAUCAGGGAGCAAAGGAGCGAGAAUGAAAAAAUCUUGGAAGAGGAGAAGAGUGAAUUGGAGGAGGUUGUUCAACAACUGAAGACGAAGUUGGUUUCACUUUUAAGUGAUAAAUCUGAGCUGUGGAAGAAAUCUACCCAACUGGAGUUUGACAUGAAAACCAGAUUGUCAGAGACAUGGGUGGAAGACAAAAACGUCACAAAUUGUCCACAAUGCAACACUGAGUUUACCUUAUUUGUAAGAAAGCAUCACUGCCGAUUUUGUGGCAAUGUUUUCUGUCAUAACUGUUCUGACAACUUUGUGAAGACUAUUCACAGCAGAAAACCGUAUCGCGCAUGUACUUCAUGCUAUCAGAAAGAAAAGGAACUGAAAACUGACACAUCGUGGUUGACUAGUCAAAAUGAUAGUAAUUUGAGUAUAGACUCUCGUGGUAGUGACACUGAAGAGGACCAACAAUCAACACCCAGUAAGUCAAUGAAGAGCGAAGCAAUUGAUCGGAGGUAUAGACCUCAUUCAGAUGUUUCAUCAAAUCAAGAAAUCGUUCAUGAACGUAGACAAAGUAUCGACGACAGCGAUGACUCUGAUGACACUUUCCAGAUAAUAGGUCAAAAUGAUGUCAGUGAAGAUUCUCUAAGUUGGUCACUGCAAAAUGAUAGUCUGAGUAUUAAACAUAGUACAAAAUUAAUUCCUGGUGAUGGUUCUCAAGAUUGGAGCGAAGUGACAAUACCUGCUAGAAAACGAUAUCUUAUGUUUGUGGAGGUUCUUGCCGCCUUGCGACUUCUAGUUGAGUUUAAUACCUCUGAACAGGAUGUCUUAUUUGGUGCAGCUUUCCAAGAGACCGAGAGCUUUUCUGCAUCAAAGACUUUAGUUCCUCUAUGUCAACUGAAUUCACAUGAACGAGGCGUUAAAAAGCAGAUUGAAAUAACGUGUCCAGGCAAUGUCAUGCUUGUGUUUGAUAACACUCACCCAAAGUCGCUGAUACAAAAACUACGCUUCAAGAUAUAUAUCAAGAAACUCGCAGAUUAACCGAUAAAGAAAAAUUCAAAACGUCUAUUAGAGGAAGACUCCCAUGGAAGAACUAGAUUCUCGUAUUGAUCCAAGAUUAUGGCUUUUUGUCAGUUUGCUCACAUUUCCUGGCAGUUAAAAUACCCAUGCAGGAGAAUAUUUAUCAAACCUGAAUAUUUUGUUCAGACAGAAGAGCUUUACUCAUCUAUUGUUUGCCUGCCAGUUGGAUUGUGAACAAGGCACGGCGGCCACGGCCGCGGCAAUAUUUUAUAUAUAGGAUUUUUAAGCUUUGCAUGUUAAUGUUAAAACUAUAGACAUAUUUGAUAUUGAAAAUUGAAAAGUGCCUGCAUCAAUAUUCUUAUAUAUUUUUAUAAC